GCCGAAGUUUCUUUUUUGUGCAUGAAUUCCUUUGCAUGGAUUUGAAAUGGGUUUAAGCCAAUUUUUGUACCAGCGUUUGAAAGAGUACAAGGUGAAACUAGACAAGGGUCUAAGCUCUUAUGAUGUCGAGAAGAGGCGAGAGAGGUAUGGUUGGAAUGAGCUUAAGAAAGAAAAUUUGGUGAUAAAGUUCCGGUUGACAGCUUUCUACAUGCAGUCAGUUGCUUUUGCCAAGUUAGCCAUGCACCAAGAUGCUGCUGACAUGUUGAAUGAGGCUGCUGGACUUGAAGAGAAGAAGCAAAAAGCUAUGUCAUUGUUCAUGUUUCUGUUCAUGUAUGCUGGUUUUUCGGAGUAA